GUGUGCUCGCGGCAUGUGAAGGCUGAGAUGCCCGAUUGGAGUGACAUGGCGAGCGCGGUGUACCCUGUCUUGCAGCACGAGCCGUGGAAGAGGAGACGUAGACUCGACGGGCAAGGACAGAACACCAUCUAUUGCGAGGUCUAUGGUUGUGUCACUGAAAUCGGUAACAACGAAAUGCUCAGGCGCUUCCGUCUGUGCCGGGAGCACAUCAGGUCUCCAGUACUCCUCUGCGGUGACCAGCAUUUCCGAUUUUGCCAAAGCUGCAACAGGAUCCAGCCUGUGGAGGACUUCAGUGGUGACCGCAGGUCAUGUAUUCGAUCUCUCCGGAAGAUCCAAAAGCCUAAGUCACCUCGUAUGUAG